CUGUUACAGAUGGAGCUCCCGAAGGCCUUUUCUGACCAAUGGACAUGCCUAUCUGCCUUCCUCAACAUGCUAUCACUCAGCCUUUCCACAGCAUCGCUGCUCAGCAGCUACUGGUUUGUGGGCAUACAGAAGGUGCCCAAGCCCCUGUGCGGGAAAGGUCUGCCAGCCAAGUGCUUUGAUGUGCCGGUGCCCUUGGAUGGGAGCAGCACAAAUGUAUCAUUCCUGGAGGUGGUGCAAUACAGGUGGGAGACUGGGGAUGACCGCUUCACCUUGCAUGCCUUCCAGAGUGGCAUGUGGCUCUCCUGUGAGGAAAUCAUGGAAGACGCAGGGGAGAGGUGCCAAAGUUUCCCUGAACUCACACCACCAACCGAGAGAGGGUUCUUCUUCCUCUGGUUUCUGACGGAGAUCCUAAGGCUACCACUGGGAGUCCGAUUCGCCUACAUCCGACUUGAACGCAUCAGCCUCCUCCUCCUACUGAUGGACUUGCUAUUCACGGGGAACCCCAGCUGUGGCCUCAAGCUGAGCACCUUCACUGCUAUCUCCUCCCUCUUGUCAGGACUUCUGGGGAUGGUGGGCCAUAUGAUGUAUUCACAAGUCUUCCAAGCAACGGCCAACUUGGGUCCAGAAGACUGGAGGCCCCAUGCUUGGAAUGAUGGCUGGGCCUUUCACACAGCCUGGGUUUCCUUCACCUGCUGCAUGGCGUCAGCUGUCACCACCUUCAACACAUACACCCAGCUGGUGCUGCAGUUCAAGUGCAAGCACAGUAAGAGCUUCAGAGGAGCCCCGCUGAGCUGCCUACCGCAUCACCACCUAUGUUUCCUUCAGGAGCUGGCGUACAGCCCACCCGAGGGGCCUUUGACCAGCUACCCCCAGUACCACCAUCAGCCCGUCCGCUCCGUCUCUGGAGGAGUGGACUUCUCCUCAGAGCUACACACAAGGAAUUUCAACACGGGACCAGCUGGGAGCCUCAGGGAGGCGGCCGGGUUAUCUGUAGAGGAAGAACAGUGUUAG